UUAUUCAUGCGAUGUCGCAGGCAUUUAUUUAUAUGUAUAUAUUCGAAGCGACCUUUCGGUUCACAAACAAUAUUCUUUCAUCAAUGUGGAUCACAAGCUGAAAAUAUGCGGCAUCGAUAAGAGUCCUUGAAAAGUCCUGUCUCUUCUGAAGCCGAUUGAUUUCAAUUGUGAUGUUAAGUAUUUCUCUAACAUUGUUCGCGAGUGUUGCGCGAUCUUCACGCAACACUCGCUGUCAAAUUGGUGACACUGGCGACACACUCUAUCAAUGAGUCUCAAUUAUUGUUCCAUACAUGCACGAUGAGCCUCAUUAGCGAGUCCCAAUUUUGUGUACCUAAAUUUCUUUAAUGAGACCUUAAAUACCGGAUAUUUUAUUCUUCUAUUGACAAGCGUCUCCGAUAAAGCGUUAGUCGACAUUGAGGGAACUGUAUCGACCCCAAAAUUGAUCGUUUAAAAUUCUUGAAAGAUGCGAAGAUGCAUGUGGAAGAGAGACUGAGACGAAAGAGACUGUAAGAAGAGUCGUGGCCCAUUUCUUUUAGAAAGGAAACGAUGAUUACAGUUAAGCCGUUACCUGCGUCAGUGGUCGGUUGGUUUUCUGUGGACGGCAUUCCUGAUCGGCCUCACGUCACCGGCUGCUCGCCGAAAAAUCCCUUCGAGAAAUUCUGGCAGAGCAUAGAUUAGAGCAGUUGAGAAGAGCGACGGAUAGAAUACAAAGAGAAAUCGAGGAAGUCACUGAAAGGGAACACGAACUGCGGAACGUGGGCAGCAUAAAGACUACAUCUCACGAGACAGUGGAUUCUAAGGUGCGUCGCAUGCCACAAGCACUAGCAUCGGGCAAACUGAAGAGGACAACGUCCACGCCACAGAUACUGGAAGCAGUCAGUCUGACACCGCUGUCAAGCUUGACACCAAAGAUGACGAACGGCGUGAUAUCUACUACGCGCACAACCCCGACGCCGCUGCGCUUUGCCAGCGUGCCGAGCCAGAAAGGAUUGAUGCACAGGUUCCUGGCUACACGAGGAAAGCUCUACAAAAGCAAAUCGACGAAUAAUGACAGCUUGAGCCCACCCAUAACGCCCACUAUUACACUUAAUCCUCUUAGUAUCAAGGCGUUCAACAGAACUUUGGAAAUAGAACCGGACGACGAGCCAAAGAAGCCACCGUCGAGAAAAGGAUACGUUCCUGUCGAACAGAAGAUCCAAAAGGAGCUUCACGAUAUGAAAGAACGAGAAAACGAAUUAAGAUUGAUGAGAUCGCAGAUGCUGGCAAAGUCUCAGCCGAAUUUACUCGAUAUAGGGAACGAUAAUGACUCGGAUAUUUACGAUGGCUCCAGUUCUCUCAGAAGUGGCGCUUCUAGUAAUACUUUAAACGAGGACGAAAUUGAAAAAGAACAUAAGGGAAAACAUAAGCCUAAUCCACGACGUCGUAGCACGCUUAUUGCGCAAUGGGAGAAUCUAAUAGCUGCCAAGAAAGAAUCUAUUGAGAAUAACAAUGAAAACUAUAAUAGUUUUUAAAAGUUCUGUAAUUUUAAGUGCUUGUAGAUGAAAAGUUGAUUUUCAUCUUUAUUUCGUUGUUAUUUAUCUAAAUAUUUGAUUGUAAAUUAAUGAUUCAGAAUAACAUUACGGCAAAUUGUUUGCAAGAAAAAUAAUUUUGCUAUGUUGAAUGACUAA